AUGACUGCCACUCAGACGAUCACCAUCGACGCCGUGGGCAACCCGGUCAAAGCUGCCACCAUCUUCCAGUCGUCAACCGCCGAGCUCACACGCGCUUUCAGUGCGGACCUCAAGAGCGGCCGGAAUGUGAUUGAGAUCAGAAACAUCUCUAGCCAGGUCGACGUCGACUCGCCCCGCAUUCACGGUCUCGGCCAGUACGCUCGCGUGUUCGACAUCACCUGCGCGAGCACCCUCGCGUGGGCCCCCGGGACGAAGCCCAGCAGGCACUCCGAGUCCAUGAAGAAGCUCUCCGCCAAGAAGAAGGCGCUCGAGGCCGACCGCACACUCCGCAACCAGGAGAUCGACAUGCUCACCGACGCCACCAAGAAAAGCAAGUGCGGCGAGGACAAGGCGGCACAUCUCGCAUUCAUGGACGGUCUGGUCCAGCGUAAGCGAGAAGCCGUGACUGUAAUCCUGCAGCUCGCAGAGCAGAUCGAUGAGAUCGAGCGUGAGAUGUGGUUGCUUGAGAACACGCACAAGGGCGAUACCGCGGUCGUCGUCACCGCUACCAUAUUUGCGAGACGCGAGUGUCAAGUAGAGUUCCAGUUGACAUAUCUUGUGAGCGGUGCGUCGUGGAAACCUUCCUACGACCUCCACGCGACGACUUCCGAGGGUAAGACGUCGUCAGACGUUUCGCUUGUCUACUGCGCCAACAUCACGCAGAGCACGGGCGAGGACUGGUCCGAGACCGUUCUGACGCUGAGCACCGCCAACUCCCAGGCCCGGCAGAGCCUCUCCGUGCCUUCCAUCGAUCCUCUCAAGCUCACAGCCGCCCACUCCUUCCCGACCUCGAAGACAGGCUUCACAAACAACAACAACAACCGCACAGGCCUGUUUGGCCAAAUGGCACAACAGUCCAACGCCGGCGGGCUCUUUGGCUCCGCACAGACUCAGUCGGCCACUUUCGGCUCCGCCCAGACAGCUGGUCUAUUCGGUGCUUCUGCGUUCGGCCAGGCGCACGCGCCACCUCCUCCUCCCGCCCCGGCUGUCGCGCCGCAGCCCCCGCAAGACGAUUUUGACGACGAUGCGGCGUUCGUGGAGGUGGAAGAAGAGCUGGACGCGGAGGGCGUUGAGAAGCCAGGCGCGGUGCUCGACCGGAGCCCGCUCUCGCUCGCGUACCGCGUCGAGGGCGCGGUGAUGCUCCCGAGCGACGGGCUCGGGCACAAGAUCGCGAUCGCGACGCUCGAUUUCAAGGCGGCGCUCAAGUACCUGUGCGUGCCGCGCAAGACGGCGGCGGUGUUCAUCGAGGGCCGGGUCGAGAACACGAGCGAGUACGAGCUACUCGCGGGCCCGGUCAGCGUGUUCAUGGACAACGGGUUCGUCACCAAGACCUCUCUCGGGCUCAUCGGCGUCAACCAGAGCUUCAACUGCGUGCUCGGGGUCGACACCGCGCUCCGCGUCUCUUACAACACAAAGAACCGCGCCGAGCUCGAAGCCCCGCACCCGUUCGCGGAGCGGUCAAAGACGACGACGCGCACGAUCACUACCACGAUCACGAACGGGCACUCGUUCGACAUCGACGGGCUCGUCGUCCGCGACGCGCUCCCGCUCGGCAACGAGCCCGCGAAGAUCCACGUCCACCUUCGCGAGCCGGAGGGCCUGGCGCGCGCGCACGACGGCGAGGACAUCGCGGUCAAGACCGCGGGCGACGCGAAGGACGCGAAGGUGCGGUGGGUGAAAGGUGAUGACGGGAAGAGCGCGGAGAAGGACGGGCUGUACGAGUGGGUGUGCGGCAUUCCUGCGGGGAAGAAGGCGCGGCUUGAGGUGGUUUGCGAUUUCAAGAUGCCCGCAGCGGUGCGCUGGCAGGAGACUUCGGCGCGUUGA